AUGCGCUCCCUCGCCUCCUCUUCUUCAUUCAAGCUCUGCUGCUCCUCCUCCUCCUCCCUCCUGAUCCGCCAUCUCUCCCGUUCCCCUCCGUCCCAUUCCGGCUCCUCUGCUCCAUCCCAUUCCGGCCGCCGGGCGCCCGCCGGACCCCCAAUCGCGAUCGCCGCCGGCGACCACCCUCAGAGCCCCUUCGAUCCCCAAGCAGUCCUCGAGACCAUCUCCUGCUACGCCAACGACUGGUCCCGCGCCAUCGAGUUCUUCCGCUGGGUCGAGGAUCGCGGAUUCCGCCACAAUGUCGAGACCUACAAUCGCGUCAUCGAUGUCCUCGGCAAGUUCUUCGAGUUCGAUCUGGCGUGGGAGAUCGUCUGCAAGAUGCGGUCCGAUCCGGCGGCCUUCCCCGGCCAUUCCACCUUCCGCGUCCUCUUCAAGCGCUACGCCGCCGCCCACCUCGUCCAGGAAGCCGUCGCUGCCUUCGAUCGAGCAGCCGAAUUCGGCCUCCGCGACCAGAUCUGCUUCCACCACCUUGUCGACGCCCUCUGCGAGUACCGGCACGUCAUCGAUGUGGAAGAUCUGUUCCUGAAGAAGAAGGAUCCGCCAUUUCCGCUCGAUUCCAAGGUCUAUAACAUGGUCCUCCGCGGCUGGUACAAGAUGGGAUGGUGGAAGAAGUGCAGAGAGUUCUGGGACGAGAUGGACCAGAAGGGGAUCCGAAAGGACCUCCACUCCUACUCCAUCUACAUGGACAUCCUCUGCAAGUCCGGCAAGCCAUGGCGGGCCGUCAAGCUGUACAAGGAGAUGAAGAGGAAGGGGAUCCCCCUCGACGUGGUAGCCUACAACACGGCGGUGCAGGCGGUCGGGCAGUCCAAUGGAGUUGAUGAAUCGAUCAGGCUCUACAGGGAGAUGCUGGAGGUGGGUUGCCGGCCGAACAUCGUCACCCACAACAUCAUCAUCAAGCUCCUGUGCCAAUCGGGGAGGAUCAGGGAGGCCUUCUCCUUCCUCCACCGGAUGCGGAAGCUGGGAUUCGAGCCCAAUGUGAUCUCCUACCACUGCUUCUUCCAGUGCAUGAGCAGGCCCAGAGAGAUCCUCGAGCUCUUCGACAGGAUGCUGGGGAGCGGCUGCCGGCCGGCCAUGGACACCUACGUGAUGCUGAUGAGGAAGUUCGGGCGGUGGGGCUUCCUCAGGCCCGUGUUCGUCGUCUGGAGGACGAUGGAGGAGCAGGGCUGCUCGCCUGAUGGGUUCGCCUACGACGCCAUGAUCGAUGCCCUGUUGCAGAAGGGGAUGGUGGAGCUCGCGCGGAAGUACGACCAGGAGAUGCUGGACAAGGGGCUCUCGGCGAAGCCCAGGAAGGAGUUCGGGCCGAGGUUCGGCGGGGAGGAAGCUGAGGAUCAUCCACUCGGCGGCGCUGCCGCUCUCUGA